CGUAAAUGUAAAAUAAUACGUAAGUGGUAAAAAGGAUGUGUAAAAAAUCUAAGGAUCGCAUACAAGUUAUAUUUCAAUAGGUGCCUUCAACAAAAAGAAUAAUAUGACAUACUAUCAGUAUUAUAAUGAUGACGCCAAAAAUACGACGAUUGAUUUUGUUAAUGAUGAUUGCCUGGCUAAAAUAUUCACGUAUCUGUCAGUAUGUGAAAGAUCAAAAAUUGCUUUAGUUUGCAAGAAAUGGAAACAGGCUUUUGAUUAUUCUUGGCAGAAUGUAAAAAAACUUGAACUAAUCCAUUGGGAAUAUAAUGAGUGUCCAAGUUAUUUGAAAAAAUAUCCAGAAAUUUAUGGACAAGUACAGUUUUUGAGAUUACUGCUUGAAAAGUGUGGUCGUUAUUUAACAGAAUUAGAUUUGUCAGCCCAUGGUUAUGAUGACAUUGUGCCAGUUGUUAAUGAAUCUUGUCUAAACCUCGUAAAACUUCGUUUGAGAUUCAAGAAUGUAGAACCUCCACUUAAUGCAUUUUCACGUCUAUCUAAAUUGAAAGUAUUAAAAAUUAUAUUUCAACAUGUUGAUAAUAAAAAUUAUAUACCUGAUACAUUAAUUGAUUCAUUGAGAAACGUUGCUGGUACAUUAACUGAACUGACUUUGUCAAAUUGGAACAAAGAACUAUUAUAUAAAGGCUUAAGAAUUCCAGAAUCAUUCAUUCAUGUACGUUAA